CUUCGUCUUGGCCAUGAGCGGCAUACGACCUUGACGGCCUUAUUCCUUUCUCACUCUUUCUUCACCUUCUUUCAUCUCGUUGUUGGGCAUGGUGCCGUUCUUCUGCUUCGUCGCUGCAAUCUUCUUCGUCUCUGCUGCCGCAACGCCAAUAAACCAUGCGAAGAGGCUUGUUGACGGUAUCCAUAUCCCUCUGGUCAGGUACCAGGCGGCGCGAACUCAAAGAAGAUCACAGAGGGCGGGAGCUAUUGGUUUGGGUAAUGUCGUAGACGUAACCUACAACGUGCUUGUUCAAAUUGGGUCAACCAGGACACCGCUGGUUCUCGAUACUGGCUCUUCAGACCUCUGGGUUCUGUCAGACGCGUGCAAGUCCAAUUGCUCGUCUGCGAAGGUCCCCCUCUACCCCAUCUCGACAUUCAAGGACACUGGACUCGACGUACACCUUCUAUACGGGGAUUCCUUCACCGGAACACACGCGAAGGGCCCAAUCGGAAAGGACACAGUGGGCGUUGCAGGACUUAUACUCCCGGACCAAUACUUUGCAGCGAUAUCAGACACAAAUACUAGCAUCCUACAGACGGGUUCUGCGGGAAUAUUUGGUCUCGGUUUCCCCGUGAACAGUUUCCGCUCUAUGACUGACUUGGUUUACAGUGUUAUAUGGAACAAACUUCUCAGUGCUAAGGUCAAUGGAGUUUCAAGACGAUCUACAGACUCUUCGAUCGAUUCAUCGUUCGCCUCUCGAGUCUUUCCUGACUUUUCUUUUGUACACCCUGCAUCCGAGCUGCAAUCCCGACAAUCAUUCACCAUCACUGUCCACGAUGUACUUGAGACAUUUGAAUCCAACGGCCCGCUUGUCUCUCGGCUCGCUACACAGGGAAAGCUCGCGGCACCCCUUGUGACCAUUACAUUACAGCGGGACACAGUCGACGUUGGAGGGAAUUUAGGCAUGCUGUCUAUUGGAGAACUUCCGCGAGGCGUGAAAGCAGAUAGCCUGACGUGGGUGUCCUUGCGAGGAUAUACUACCGCUGAGGGAGGUUUGCCUGCUCCUGCUGAGUCACCUAAUGAGGUGUAUCCUCUGGCAUGGGAAAUACCGAUCGACGAUGUUUAUUUUGACGGCCAAAAACUGCCGAAAUCGAAUUUAACGUCAUCGAAGAUAAGCUUGUCUGCACUUGUCGAUACUGGGAAUUCCUUAAUUCGGGGCCCACAAGACGUCGUGCAAGCAGUGAUGAGUCGAUUGGGCAAAAACACAUACCCGUGCGGGGAGGCGCACACGCUCGCUUUCAAAAUUGGUGGGAAAAUGUUCAAUGUCGACCCUCGUGAUUUCGGCUCGCAGACAUAUAUCAACUCAGUCGAUCAGUGCUCUCCGAAUCUCGUUGCAACUGAUCCGCCGGGGGAAGGGUUUCUGUACAGCUGGAGCCUAGGCGAUCCUUUCCUCAAAUCUGCACUCGUCUCAUUCUACUACGGUAACCUAACAUAUCCAUCCAAGGAUGCUCCUCGCAUAGGCCUAUUGUCGACUGUGCCGGAUGAUGCGGCCGUGCAAUUGCAAUCUGCUGUAUCCGCAGCUGCUUCAUCGAAUGGAAAUCUUCCUGUUGUCUCUCACUCGGCUCCUUCGGGAACCCUUGUCGCUGCAAGUACAAACACGCUGGGUGUUGCACAAGCAUGUGCGAGUAUGUCGGGAUCCAAUCCGAGACAAUCGUCUGGUACAGUGGUCUUGAUUCGAAUCAAUGGGUCGUUCUCAUUUGUGACGGUGUUGUUCUUGAUGGCUUGUAUGCUAGUCUUGUACAUAUAAUCCACUCUCUAAUCCAAUCUAACCUGAAAAGCUAG